AUGGACUAUAGCGAUUUAUGGAAGCUGCAUGGAGUAGGCAUAGAAGAAUUCGCCGACAGAGACGAAGAAAAUCAACGGAUAUUAGAGGAAUUCCAUGCAAAAGUAAAGUUUGAAGAUAACAAAAUCUUUGUCUGCUUUCCUUGGAAAAGUAAUAAAUGCAGUUUAGCAGACAACUAUACUCUAGCGGUAAGCAGACUGCAUCAGCUUCUGAAAAUGAAAGAAAAGAAUCCUCAAUGUUGGAAAGAAUACUGCAAGAUUCUAGACGACCAACUGGCGAAGAACUUCAUAGAAGAGGUAGUAAAACCACCCAACAAAGAAAAUCCGUGCUACUAUAUACCUCACCAAGCCGUGAUCAAAAUGGAAAGUGCGACAACGAAGACACGCAUAGUACUAGAUGCUUCAUCUAAAAGAAAAGGCGAAUUGAGCCUCAAUGAUGUCAUUCAUCAAGGCCCACUUAUUCUACCGAACUUAUGUGGAAUACUGUUGCGGUCACGAUUUGGGUCCAAGGUAAUGAUAGCCGAUGUUGAAAAGGCAUUCCAUAUGAUAUACCUACAGGAAUCGGAAAGGGAUUCCGUGAGGUUUCUGUGGUUGAAAGACGUCAACAAACCACUUACAACCAGUAAUUUGAAAAUCCUAAGAUUCUGCCGCCUCCCAUUUGGAAUCAACGCAUCUCCCUUUUUACUCGCUAUGUCCAUAAAGUAUGGAAUAAGUAGACAAAAACAAGAUGACACAGAAACUUAUGAGGAACUAGAGGAAAACCUCUAUGUGGAUAAUGUAUUACUAACAGCUGAUGAUUCUGACUCUCUCAUGGAAAAAUAUCAACUUUGUAAAGCCGUUUUCAGAAAUAUUUCCAUGAAUCUCAGACAGUUUAUGACUAAUGACACAAUUGAUCGACCAGAAAGACCUAUACAAAGGAAAGAACGUAAAAAUUCUGGGAAUACCAUGGAACCCGCAAAGCGAUACCUUCUCUAUAAAGUGCAAACUACGAUAUGA